CCCCUUGUUUUCAGGCUGCUCUAAAAAGCCAAGAUGGCAACCAUCGAUGCCAGUCAGUGGGAUGAAACCAUUUGCGAUAUGAUUGCCUGCCAACACCCUCCCUGCUGGGAGGCAAUCCAGAGGAUCGUGAAAGGGCAGCCCCGGAUCAUGUUGAGGAGCCUUGACUCUCCGGAGGGAGAUUCCCCCGAACCUGAAGAUGAACUGCCGACACUAAAGAUUGUGGACCUUCCCCUCAACUAUUCUCAAAGAUGUGCUGAAAGCUUACUUUCCAUCUCGAAAACUAUCUCAAGCAUCAAAGAAUCUAGAAGUUUUUCGAAUACCACGCUGAACAAUGCUUUGAUGCCCCCAAUUUCACGAAUCAGUUCCGAAAGGUAUCCCUUCCCAGGACUGAACUCCAGGAUGGAAACUCGCACUUCCCACUUCACACCAAUAAGUUUCACCUGCUUGAGGCAAGCUGAGAAAAUACAGAUGACGGACUUCAGUGAGUUGGCUGGGCACGGGCUGUGCACACACCUGCCCCCCUGUGGAAGCUUGGUAGUCACAUGGGUCCCAGACAGGCGCCAUAGGCUUCUGCGACCUGAGAAGCCAGCCACAAGAGGGUUGCGCGUGAAAGACCUUGCUUCAGAAUGCAACCUCAUGGUUGUGGAGAAGAAGGAGAUGAAAAGAAAAAAAUCGAAUAAAGUUCCUACAGGUGGUCAGCCCUACCUCCUUCAUCUAAGGAAGAAGCCAAAGGAACCUGCCAUUUUGCCAAGUAUCCUUGCAGGUAAAGAAGGGGAUCCCAAGGGAAGCCUCUUUGUGGGUAAAGAAAGGGAUCCCAAGGGAAGCCUCCUGAGUAAAGAAAGGGAUCCCAAGGGAAGCCUCCUGAGGGAGAAGAGCUUCUCAUCCUGUCGCUCGCAGCUGGCUCCUGUUGAGCCCCCACUGCCUCGCUGCAAGAGCCUCCUGCAUCUAGAGAACAGGAGGGGGGAAGUGGCAGCCAGGAAGGAGGCGCUGGAGUCCCUCUUCACUGUGCAGAAGGCACCCAGUGCAAAGAUUCCCAUGAAAGAAAAUCUCCUGAGACGGACCCCAAGCCAACUAAAGUUUGCCUUAAGAGACUCUGUGGCUUUCAGGCGUCCGAUGCCAAUGCUGGCAGAGCAGCAGGAAGUUGUGGAUCCCCCUUGCAGUGGAGGAGGAGGAGGAGCUGAUAGAGAGUUCUGGCUCAAGAGAGUGGCUCAGAAACCAGAGAAGACCUUCUUGCAGUUCCAGUCCAUAAAUCCUCCUCCUCCUCCUCCCUCCCCUCUCAUGUCUGAGACCAGCGAGUAA